CCAAUCAUUAGUUUGUUUUCUGGAAGCGUCUGUUUGCUGACGAAAUGCCCAUCUCUUGUACUACAAAUUCUUUACCCAGCCCUCAGAGUUUUCAAUAGUUAAGAGAUUUAUCCACACCACACUGAGGGCAGCGAUUGCUAAAUCAUUGUAAAAUUUGGACUCCGAAACGGUAAACUCCAGUCAUCAAUCAUGUCAUCUGAUACUGCUGUAGUUCCAUGCAACCAUCAAAUGGACAGCCCAGAUUUCAUUAGAGACCUGCUCCCUGCUGCAGAGAAGACAGCCCUGCUGUACAACAUCUCCUACCUCUGCCUGGCCAAAUUCCCCUCUCUGGAGAGAAUCAUCAGAGCCAAUGCUGUUGAGGCCCAAAUGCUGUUCUCCUCCUCUGAGGCUCUGCUGCUGCUGUGUGUUAGCACCAGUGACAACAUGGUCAAGACAUUAUUCCCUAUGCUGAAGGCUGCUGUGGAGAAAGAUAAGCCAGUAGUUGCCAUCAAAUUCCUGAUGAAGGCCAAUCAGUGGAUCCAUGAUAUCAUCAAAGAAGUUGAAAAAAUAGUAGAAGCCUACAAGAAUCUCAACAAUGGGGUGGCGACCGCCACCAGCGAUGUUAUUUACACCAAAGCCAAAACAGAGGACAAGAAUAAACAGCUGACCAAUGAAGAGAAUAUCCUGCAGAAUGCUGUUGACGAAUACAAUAGGAAGCUAAGUGUCAUCCAGUCAGAUCUGACGGAGGUCAAUAGAAAAAUCAACGAUGCUGAUACGGAGCUGCGUGAGUUGGUUAACAGCAUUACCAGUAGAAACAAGAAGAUUGGCAUAGUGGCUGCUGUGGUUCCCUUCAUAGGAUUAAUCACCGAUGCUAUCCAGAAGAUAAUCAAUGACCCUACUGAUAGUGCAGCCAUUGAGUUGGCCAAGAACAAGAUGAAUCAGCUUCAGCUGGACAAGACCCGUUUGAGUAAAAACGAAUGGGAGGCCCAAACGGAGGCGAUGAAACACCAGAUGGAGCUGACCAGAGCCAAAUUUGACCUGGGUUCUGUUCCUGAUCCUGUCCAUCUGGCUGAGGUUCAAAUCUGCCUGACCCGGAUCCAGGAGAUUCUGCUGCAACUCAAAAGCUUCUGGGAGAAGAUCGGAGUGAUGGUGACCAACCUGCAGCAGAAGACCUUUGCUGGGGAAGACCUGAUUGAUGAUCUCUCAGAAUUUAAGGAGGAGUUCUUGGAUUCAUUGAAAGUAGCUGAAGAGGCUUGGAACACGUUUAGUGGGAGAUGCCAGAAUGUCAUGGGCAUGUUUAGUGUCCAGUCAAAGGAUGCCUACAAGUUCCUGGAGACCAGCCCAUCAUCUCUCACCCAGGAAGAGUGGCAGGAAAUGUAUGAUGCUGUGACAGCCAAACUGUAUUCCUUCUACCCUGCCCUCGAGGCCAAGCAGGCCUUUGAGGACCAGCAGGACAUUGAGGACCAGCAGGACAUUGAGGACCAGCAGGCUGCAAAAAGUAAUUAAUGUUUGCAUCCACUGUCACCAGGUUAACAUUAAAGGAGUUUUGUUUUGUUGGUCUUAUAUUGACAUUGGUGACAAGUAGGAUUUGUGGGCAUAAUUAGUAGUUCACAUGCUGUUAUGAGUAACUUUCCAUUAUUUGUUGAUCAUUGUUGAUUAUUGUGUUGUGCUUUUAUUAGAGCUCAUCAUCUACUAUGCUAACAGUAUAAUACCAAACUGGCUAUUGUUCACCUUUCUUCUUGGAGUAUACUAAUGUUGUGGGUAGCAGGCAGGUUUUAAGGCUUCUGGUCUGUUCAAAGACUUCAAUAGUUUAACUUUGUGCAGAGCUUUCAGGAAUAUGAACUGAUCUAUAUACAUAUGUAUACGCUACAGUAUUCAUAAGUAAUCAUGUAUAAUCACAAUGUAUGUUAUUGGUAUAUCAGUAUGUCAGUUUCAGUAUACUAUCACGUAUAAUUAGUUUAGAGCCAUAGAGGUGGAGUUUAGAGCCAUAGAGGAGGAGUUUAGAGCCAUAGAGGAGGAGAUUAGAGUCAUAGAGGGUCUUAAUUGUACUUUCUUCUGUUCUCU